AACCCCGCCAAGGCGCUACCCCUUUUGAAGAAUUAAUAUGCUCGAGUAGGUACCCAAGGCGUGGGGGGGAUCUGGACGGCAAGACUCCGCAGUUGGGUCGUAUUUUAGACCCCACAGCCUGGACCCUGACGGCUCGAACCCACGUUCAGGACCAAAGCUAAACAACUACCGGUAGCAUUCACUGAUCAUAAUCGAUAGGAAGCGAGACAUCCACCUGCCCGCGUCCAAUAAAUAUGAUAGGAUCUCACUCCAAUACGAUAUCCCGCUCCCAGGGCCUAAUUUAUGUACCGUAAGUAUCCGGAUACAAAAUAAAUAUGUUAUCAUAGGAAGCUGGGGGGGAAACCACCGCAAGGCAAGCCCACAGUUCUGGCAAAAACAAAAAGUAAUAUACUCACUCAGUGCUUUGUUCGGAGGCUUCAGCGUGCUAACACAUUUAUCUCUGAUUCCGGAUUAUUCUUUUGCGGCGGUGGGGGGAGUCAAACCCGAUAAGUACAAGUACUCGAGUAUCCAAUGCAAUAGGUUUCACUAGAAAUUCUUUUUCUUUCUAACUUUGGUGUCAUAGCUGAGUGAUUAUUCGUGAGCCUUCCCAACGUCGCUAGCGUGUGCCAAGAUGCGGGGCUUUGAAAACCAACGCUCCACUUUCGUACUUGCGCCACUGUGCGAAGUGUCGACGAUCCAACCCCGCCCGAAACCACCUCAUUGGCCGACUCAGGUCUUAGAUUUGUCCCGCGAUCGGCUGAGCAGUUGAGACGGAAUACGAGUGCAGGGAGGUACUCGAUUGUGGUACAGUACUUACUGUACUAUUGUAUAAUAGUCACGGCACUCACACGCUGGAAUUCUCUCUCAUGGCAACGGAUGCUAGACUAAAUUACAGCUUGCUCAACUUUCUGAUCGCGAGCUCCACGCUUUCCUCUCCUGUUGUGUUGGAGACAGGCGGAAACCACCAGGGGGUUACCGGCAUUGGAGUAGUGCCGAUUCGAUCUACUCCGCUCGAGUAUCAGUUGGCGUUCUCAUUCCGAGUACGUAGAGAGGUCUAG